CUCUACUAAAAAUACAAAAAAUUAGCCGGGCGUGGUGGCACGUGCCUAUAAUCCCAGCUUCUUGGGAGGCUGAGGCAGGAGAAUCGCUUGAACCCGAGAGGUGGAGGCUGCAGUGAGCUGAGAUUGCACCACUGCACUUCAGCCUGGGCAACAGAGCGAGACUCAGUCUCAAAAUAAAUAAAUAAAUAAUAAAAUAAAAAAAAAGAUCAGGCUAAUAAGAGCAGCUCAGGAUUUUAUAAGCUUCUCAUUCAGUAAUGCAGUAAGAGUGGCAGAAGUGAUGCUGAAAUGCAGAAAAACAUCAAAUGUUGCAAAGAGUAGUUAAAAUGGCAAUAGAGUAUGCAAGCUUAUCAUCUUCCUCCAUUUCUACCUACUAAGUAAUAGAAAGGUCUUUCAGAUAACAGUUUCUUAAAAAGCUGCACUGUCUGUUAAAUGGUUUCAUUGAAACCAUGUUUGAGUUACCAGUUUAGCAAAAAAUAUUUUGCAAAGGAAAAUCCUAAUUUUUUUUGUUAUAAUCAGUUAUAUUAAAUUCCUAACAGCAAUAGCUUCAAAGUUUCAUUUUGCUUUUUAACAAAGCAGUCUGUUCAAUUUGCUUUAAAUACUCUGCAGUGUGCCUUAGAAAUGAAAGAUGAGGUUUUUUUUCUUAAAAUUAAUUGCUGUGGUUCUGGUUUUACAGGAAAUUAUCAAUUCAGUGAACUUCAAGCUUCAUUCUUAGUCCUUGAAGUAGUCGUUAGGAGCUUCUAAAUACCACACAAAGAAGACAUGUAAGAGAUUACAGAUCACAGCUAAGACAGGGCUUCGGGCUCAGAAUCAGGUUCUGAAGAAAGGUGUUGUGGAUGAACAAGCAAAUUCUGCAGCUUUAAAGCUAAACUGUGAGGACCAAUCUGUUUUCACUUUGAUAUAGGAGCAACUGAAAAUGAAGGAUCAGUCAUUGAGAAAACUACAACAGGAAAUGGACAGUUUGACAUUUCGAAAUCUGCAGCUUGCCAAGAGGGUAGAACUACUUCAAGAUGAACUAGCUCUAAGUGAACCACGAGGCAAGAAAAACAAGAAAAGUGGAGAAUCUUCUUCUCAGUUGAGUCAAGAGCAGAAGAGUGUCUUUGAUGAAGAUCUGCAAAAGAAGAUAGAAGAGAAUGAACGGUUGCAUAUACAAUUUUUUGAAGCUGAUGAGCAGCACAAGCAUGUGGAAGCAGAGCUGAGGAGUCGACUGGCCACUCUGGAGACAGAAGCAGCCCAGCACCAAGCUGUGGUUGACGGUCUCACCCGGAAGUACAUGGAAACCAUUGAGAAGCUGCAGAAUGACAAGGCUAAACUAGAAGUGAAAUCUCAGACUCUAGAAAAGGAAGCCAAGGAAUGUCGACUUCGAACGGAAGAAUGUCAAUUACAGUUAAAGACUCUUCAUGAAGAUUUGUCAGGUAGAUUAGAGGAAUCCUUAUCAAUCAUCAAUGAAAAAGUACCUUUUAAUGAUACAAAAUAUAGUCAGUACAACGCUCUGAACGUUCCACUCCACAAUAGGAGACACCAGCUGAAGAUGCGAGAUAUUGCUGGGCAGGCCCUGGCUUUUGUUCAGGAUCUUGUGACGGCUCUUCUAAACUUUCAUACCUACACAGAACAGAGGAUUCAAAUUUUUCCUGUUGAUUCUGCCAUUGACACUAUAUCUCCAUUGAAUCAGAAGUUCUCACAAUACCUUCAUGAAAAUGCGUCCUAUGUCCGCCCUCUUGAGGAAGGAAUGCUUCAUUUAUUUGAAAGUAUCACUGAGGAUACUGUGACUGUCUUGGAGACAACUGUGAAAUUGAAAACUUUUUCAGAACACUUAACCUCCUACAUAUGUUUUCUUAGGAAGAUUCUUCCCUAUCAGUUAAAAAGUUUAGAAGAAGAAUGUGAAUCCUCUCUUUGCACAUCUGCGUUAAGAGCCAGGAAUCUAGAGCUGUCCCAGGACAUGAAAAAAAUGACAGCUGUGUUUGAGAAGCUGCAGACUUACAUAGCUCUUCUUGCCUUGCCAAGUACAGAGCCAGAUGGACUCCUUCGGACAAACUACAGUUCUGUGUUAACAAAUGUUGGUGCUGCUCUGCAUGGAUUUCAUGACGUUAUGAAAGAUAUUUCCAAACAUUAUAGUCAAAAAGCUGCAAUAGAGCAUGAACUUCCAACAGCAACACAGAAGCUGAUAACAACUAACGACUGUAUCCUGUCAUCAGUAGUGGCAUUAACAAAUGGAGCAGGAAAGAUUGCAUCCUUCUUCAGCAACAAUUUGGACUACUUCAUUGCUUCACUGAGCUAUGGACCUAAGGCAGCGAGUGGAUUCAUUAGUCCUCUUUCAGCUGAAUGCAUGCUACAGUAUAAGAAAAAAGCUGCUGCCUAUAUGAAGUCUUUGAGAAAGCCCCUCUUGGAGUCUGUGCCUUAUGAAGAAGCACUGGCAAACCGCCGCAUCCUUCUCAGCUCUACUGAAAGUCGAGAAGGCCUUGCACAGCAAGUUCAACAGAGUUUGGAAAAGAUUUCUAAACUGGAGCAGGAAAAAGAACAUUGGAUGUUGGAAGCACAAUUAGCCAAAAUCAAGCUAGAGAAAGAAAACCAGCGAAUUGCAGAUAAGCUGAAGAAUACAGGUAGUGCCCAGCUGGUUGGGCUGUCCCAGGAAAAUGCUGCUGUGUCAAAUACUGCUGGCCAGGAUGAAGCCACAGCUAAGGCUGUGUUGGAGCCCAUUCAGAGCACCAGUCUAAUUGGGACUUUAACCAGGACAUCUGACAGUGAGGUUCCAGAUGUGGAAUCUCGUGAAGACUUAAUUAAAAAUCACUACAUGGCAAGGAUAGUGGAACUUACGUCUCAGUUGCAGCUGGCUGACAGUAAGUCAGUGCAUUUUUAUGCCGAGUGCCGAGCACUCUCUAAAAGACUGGCCUUGGCUGAAAAGUCUAAGGAAGCAUUGACAGAAGAAAUGAAACUUGCCAGUCAGAACAUCAGCAGACUUCAGGAUGAGCUGACAACUACCAAGAGAAGUUACGAGGAUCAGUUAAGUAUGAUGAGUGACCACCUGUGCAGCAUGAAUGAGACAUUAUCUAAACAGAGAGAAGAGAUUGACACACUAAAGAUGUCCAGUAAGGGGAAUUCUAAAAAGAACAAGAGUCGAUAGUUUUGAAAUAGCUGGUUGGCGACUGUUCUUUCCAGACCUGCUCCUGCUGCACAGAGCUGCAGGGCUGAGACCACGUCCAUGCUGGCUGCCUUCAGGAAGCUAAAGUAUUGUUGGACCUAGUAAACUAGUCAGUGUUGGAAACGGCCUUGAAAUAUUUAAAACAUAUUUGUAACCAGUGAGGCAAAUACAGAAGUUGAUGUCGGCAGUAAAUGGAAAACAAUACGUAUGUCAUGGAUAUUGUAGGUUUCCUUAUGCUGUUUUUACUGUGCACUUUUUAAAAUUAGGUUUUAAUUUCAGUAUGUAAGAACAAAUAUUUUAUAUACUUUCAAACUCAAUUAUAUGGUAAUCGAUUUGGUAUCUAUGGAAUAGAUACACGUUUCUGGAAAAAAAUGCUUAAAUUGUCAAACUGUCAUUACUUCUUACUAUAGUUGAAGGCAUUCUCCAGAUUCUUUUUAAAAGAUUUGUUCAUAUUUCUCUCUCUCUCUCUCUCUCUCUCUCUAUUUCUCUCUCUCUCUCUCUUCUUUCUCUCUGAGGGGGAGGGAGCCCUCCAAACUUCAGAUCCUGUGGGUUUAGUAUCAUUAUCUUCAGCUCUUUGAUACCCUGUGUUAGAGUAAUAGCUAAAGGAAGUUCAUGUCAAUAAAUUCAUACUUAUAUCACA